AUGGACCCGCACUCGACGCACUCGCAGUACAACGCGCGGCCGCCGAAGGCUGGCCCGGCGGCGGCGGCGCCCGCCCGGGCGGGGGGGCGCAAGGGGAAGGAGAAGGAAGGGGCGGGGAGAGAUAGGGAGAAGGGCAAGGAGCGGGAGGGCACGGUGGCGCCGUCGGGGGCGAUGCGGCGGCCGAUCGCGAGCAACGCGCGGGUGAUGGAGGCGCAGCAAAUGCAAAGGACGGACAUGCACCGGGCGUUCGUGGGGAAUGCGUUGGCGCAGAAGACGCUGGGCACGCGGGAGCCGUUCGACGCGCUCGUCGCGCAGUUCUCCGCCAAGCCGCCGCAGCCCGCGCAGCUCAGGCUGUGGCUCGGCGCGCUGGGGGCGGCGGUGUCGAGGUUGGAACGGACGCAUGCGGCGGUUGUGCAGGCGGCGGUGGGGCUGCCGUGGGCGGCGAUGGACGGCGCGACGGCGAAGGCGUACACCGCGUUCGCGGGCGCGCUGUUGAGUGCGAAGCCGGAGUAUCUGAGUCUGGUGCUGGGGAAGAUUGUUAAUGGGUUCACGUAUCACGCCGGCGCACUGGCCGCAGACCCCGAGACGCCGCUGACGAGACGGGUGAUCUACGAGCGGCAGCACGCACUUUUGGAGCAUCUCCUCACCUUGGUGCCGACCGCGCCGGGGACGCUCGGCCCGCUGCUCGCACGGGCGUUCCCGCACAAGCGCGAGCCGCCCGCGGCGCACACCGCGUUCGUCCGCAACGCCCUCCGCGUCGCGCGCUACUGCCCCGAGUUGGAGGAUAGAAUAUUGGCGACCGUCGUCGACCGCGCGCUGCAGAUCGACGUCGAGAUCCAGGUCGAGCUCGAGGAGCUCGAGGCCGCGCAGGACGAGGGCGGCGUGUUCGAGAUCGAGAUCGACCCGUUCGACGUGCUCGUCGGCCAGGAGGAGGAGGAGGACAGCGGUUCGGACGACGAGGGGGGCCUGGAGGAGAUCGAGUCGGACGACGAGGGCGCGGCGCGGAAGGACCCGGUGACGGACGUGCGCCAUGUCCAGGCGAUGGUGCGCAAGCUCGAUGCGGUGCUGGAUCUCGUGUUCGAGCACCUUUCGCGGAGGGCCGGCGAUACCCCGGACGCGGCGUCGGGAGAUCGGCCCGCGCUGCCGGAGCUGCCGCCGCUCCCGCCCUUAUCCCCCGCGCGCGCGAGCUCGCCGUUCCUGCUCACGCCGCCGUCGCCACCGCCUCCAUCGACCUCUACACCGAUAACACCCCCGCCCCCGCCGCGCUCGCUGCACACGCAGUUCCACACGCUCCUCGCACUCUUCGACCGGCUCAUCCUGCCCACCUUCCGCUCGCGCCACACGCAGUUCCUCCUCUUCUACCACGCCGCGCUCGCGCCCGACUUCACGGACGUCUUCCUCGGCCUGCUCGUCGAGCGCGCGCUGCUCCAGCCGGGCGCCGCGGCCGUGACGCGCGCGGCGGCGGCGGCGUACCUAGGCAGCUUUGUGAGUCGGGCACGGAGCGUGGGGCGGGCGGGCGUGCGGGACGUGGUCGGCGUGCUGUGCGAGUACGUACGGGCGCAGGUGGAACAGGGUGUGGGCGACGCGGUGUUCUACGCGGCCGCGCAGGCGCUGCUGCUCAUCUUCUGCUUCCGGUGGCGCGACCUGCGCGCGGAGCCGGACCCCUCCGCUGAUCCGGAGACGGGCGCAGGCGCAGGCGGCGGGGCGUGGCUCCCCGCGCUCGGGGCCGUCCCGCGCAUGGUCGCGUCCCCGCUGAACCCGCUGCGCGUCUGCGCGCCGGGCGUCGUGCGCCAGUUCGCGCGGGUCGCGCGCGCGACGGGGUUCGUGUACGUGUACACCAUCCUCGACGCGAACCGGCGCGCGGGGGCCGGGCCGUCAGGCGCGGGGGCGGGGAGAGCACAAGGCCCGGGGCCGGGCGAAGGCGGGGGCGGGGGCGGGGAGGAGCUGCACGCGUUCUUCCCGUUCGACCCGUGCCGCCUGCCGCGCGCGGGGCGCUGGGUGGCGGGGAUGUACCGCGAGUGGGGCGAGGUGGCGGUCGAGCUCGGGGGGGCGGAGUCCGACGACGACGACGAGGAGGACGAGGGGGGGAGCGACGGGGAGGGAAGUGAUGGGGCGGGCGAGGGCGGGCUGCCGAUGAGCGUGGACGACGCAGGCCUCGGCGCGUCGCUCGGCGCGAUGAGCAUCUCGCCCGCGCGCGCGCCGGUGGCCGUGGCCGCGUGGCGCCGGUGA